GUGUAAACUUAGUCGUACAGUUGAAUGCGUUUAACUUUACGUCCGCAACAGGUGUCCUCCGCUUUAACCCUCAAAGAGACCGGAUCGUCGAUGUAAUGCAGAAACCAGAGAUGGAAAAUAAUCGGUAGGAGAGUGUAAGGAAUUUUUUUGCGGGAAGAAGUUAAAAGGUAAAUGUUAAAAGUUUUCGUGACGUGACGUUAAAAGUUGACGUGACGGGGACUAGUACUCCACACCUUGAUAUCCUGCAGGGGCAGGUGUAUUCAGCCUGGCAGCUGUGUCUCUCUGUUUGAAUCCAACCAGUCGCUCCAUGUGAAACCUAUUAGAAGAGACUGUGAGCUGCCCAGGAGGACAAUCAUGAAGAGGAAUAAACAGAUUGAUAUCAAGCGUGCCCUCGUCCUGGCUGGCACAUUUAACUUCUUGUGCUCCUGUGCCAAAGCCUGCCUGCUCCCCUUCCUCACCCUGUACUUCAGACAGCUGGGCCUGACUCCUGCAAUGACAGGCAUCAUCAUGGGUACUAAACACCUGAUAUCGCUAGUCUGGAGCCCUGUUGCAAGCCUACUCUCUAAGCACUACAACAAGAGGCGAGUGGUGAUAAAUGGCUCUCUUGUGUGUUCAGCAGCAGUCGCUCUGGUUUUGCUGAUUAUCCCUCCUUCAGAUGUGCACACACAGAGCAGCAACUGUAACAUGUCUGAUCUGAGCAGCGGUCCAGUCCAAAGUCUUGGUGAUAACCUGCUAAUGAGUAGCAUUGGACCUGAAACAUUGUCAACUAGAAAUCGCCCGAAAGAUUUUGUUUCCCAGCCUAGUGUCACGUUUCCUGCAAAGACACUUUCAGAUACUAAUUCUGUUCCUGUUAUGAUGAGCAAAACAUCACUUUAUCAGCAUGGUAAUGAUAAAUCUCAUCCUCAACUGUCACAAGAAAGUCUUUCUGUUGUGGUCGACAACAGUCUUCGAGAACCAAUGAUCAACAGCUCUGUUGUGUAUCAUGCCACCAGAUCUUUGACAACUGCUGUGAGGAAUAAGAGGUCAAACUUCAAUUCAGUGUCUGAAGAACUGCAAGGAGAAAAGAAGACAGAGGAGAGCAGUUUUUACUUUCUGGACAACCUUAAGGUCAUGGACACUGAACACCAACUCUUCUUCUUGAUACUCAUCAUUGUCUCGGUGUUGGAGUCUGUGUCAGCCCCUCUGGAGUGGACAGCAGACGACGGAUUGUACGAAUAUCUAGAUUUUGCGGAUGCUUCAGACCACUACAGCAGCGCCGGGCUGUGGGGUCUACUGGGAGCAGCAUGUGGGGUUGGAGGAGCAGGGUUGCUGGUCAGCCAGUUGAGCUGUCUUAUAGCUGGUCAGACUCCCAGGAGCGCGGUACAUUUCUACUGCUACGCUGUUUCUGCUGCUCUGGCCCUGCCCGUAGCUACCUACCUCCCUCUUUACCUGAACAAAAAGCGAGACAGGGCUAACAGGCUCCUGAAAGCCAUGCAGCUGGUGCGUGGCUCCUCCCGCGCUCUGCUCUGUGCUGUCACCACCCUGCUGGUUGGGGUGGCGGGCUCGGCCAUGGAUAACUUCCUCCUGUGGCAGAUGCAGGAUCAUGGGGGCAAUGAGCUGCACAUGGGAUUGUCUCUAGCCCUCGGUCUGCUCUCACAGGCCUCCUUCCCAUUGCUGGCUGGACGAGUGUCCAAACUCCUCAGCCCAGGAAGGUUGCUCGCAGUGGGGACUGCAAGUCUCGGCCUACAGUGCUUUUAUUACUCCUUCCUCUGGGGACCAUGGGCUGUACUGCCUGCUCAGAUAUUGAGUUGUUUCAGCAGCGGAGCGCUCUGGUGGGCUGUGAAGGUCCAGAGUGAGGAUGUUGCCACGCCGGGGGCAGAGAGGAGUGUGAGGAGGGUCUACAGUGUGCUUUCUCUACAUCUAGGAAGUGGGCUGGGUAGCUUUUCUGGAGGGUUCGUGGUGCAGUGGUUUGGGCUGACGUGGCUGUUCAGAGGAGUGGCAGUGGGUCUGAUGGUGUGGUGUGUGUGUCUGCUUCUGCUCCGGUGCAAGGCCCCUCGCCAGCGCAGGAUUAACUACUCUCGCCUUUUGGCGGCUAAUGCAAGUGAAGCCAGUGACUCAGAGUCUGAACAGGAAAGAGACUGGCUUGAUAAAGCGAUGGAAGCCGACAAAAGCAAUAAUAACUAUGGAAGGAGGAUAAACCACUGAAUUCCACCGUGUAAGAAUACAAUAGGACGCAUAAAAGCGAACAAUGGAUAGAGAGGAUUUACCACUAAAUCAAAUCAAAGAAUAAUUUCCUAUGAAAAUAGUAAUUAUCAUACCCCACCAGGUUAGCACUAUCUUAUACAGACAUGGCAGUCUUUAUCAUCAAGUAGCAUUACCAAAAUAAUUGAUUUCCUACUCAGACAGGUUUAAUUAAAAUCUAAGUUUUAACUUUUAACUCUCAUUACUGGAACUUUUUUCAACAGAAUUAAAUUUUUGUGGCAUCCCAUCUUACUUGUCAUUUUAUCAGUCUGCAAGUGUUGGCUGUACUGAUGACCUUGAGAAUUGGACUCUAGGCCACUCAAGCCAAUACAAAUUCACAUUUGCAUAAGCAGUCCUUCUGUUACAAAGCAAAGAAGGUAGAAUGAUUAUGUGUGGGCAGAAGGAGGACUCAAGACCCCACCAGGAAAGUUAAUCAGUGUAGGCAUCAUGACAAUAAAACACUGAAGCCUCUUAAAAGGAGUCUAAACACGAGAUGUGUACACAAGGUGAGGCUAAACUAGACUGGCAUCCUGUUUCACCACACCCUAAGUCUCUCUUUAUCUUCUGGAAAAGUCAGGGCUGACUGCUGUUAGUCAUUAUAUAUGUGCCUUUUCUUUGAAACUGUGAAAUCAUAAAAUGAUGAUGGUUACAAAUGAUUGUAAGCUGCAGUGACUUCAAAACAAUAAAACUGAGCUCUGCAAAAAUUA